UUGAUAGCAGCAGGUGAACAUGGAAGACGAGUUCCCAAGUACUUGAUUCACUUCAAUGGUUGGAACAGGAGCUGGGACCGGUGGGCUGCAGAGGACCAUGUCCUAAGGGACACAGAGGAAAACCGUAAAUUGCAACGAAGAGAAAGGGAUGGGCGAAGAGGCGGCGUCGUCAGUCUGGUACUAAAUCUUCUGUGAAGACUCUGCCUAAGGAGGACGACAGCGAUGAUGCUUGUUUGAUUUCGACCUCGGAGAGCAGCGAGGGGGACGACACUGACCCUGAAUCUUCAAAUAGUGGAGACAGCGCUUUCUCUGAGGACAUCAACAAAAUGCUGUUCUUGUAGGGUAUCUCGGUUACACGCUACUGCGAGAGGCAUGCGUCACAAAGAGCUUACAAAACAUCAGCGGGAUCUCAUUGUUGAAAGGUAUCGCUCAGGCGAGGGCUACAAAAAAAUAUCCAAGGCCUUAGAUAUAUCAUGGAACACAGUGAAGGGAGUCAUCAACAAGUGGAGGAAAUAUGGCACGACAGUGACACUGUCGAGGUCUGGACGCCCCUCCAGAGUUGACAAGAAGACUGAGGCAAAUCUGGUCAGGGAGGAUGUGGAGAGGCCGGCAGCAGCGGUAGAGGAGCAGCAGCCCUCUCUGAGGGUUGAGCCGGACAUCAACGUGAAGAGGGAGAGCGAGGAGAAGGUUGUCCAUGUCGACAUCAGCAUCCCGGACAUUCUGAAGAAGAAGCUGGAGGAUGACUGCUUCUACAUCAACAAGAGGAAGAAGCUCGUGAUGGUCCCUUGUCAAACAAAUGUCGUGCACAUCCUGGAGUCCUACGUCAAGCACUUUGCGAUCAACAAAGCGUUCAUGGCCAACGAGCGGUACCGGCGGCAGCAGAACGCCACGCAGAGCAGCAGCCCACAGCCAAUCCCUCCAGAAAAGAGUGAGGAGCUGUGUAAGGAAAUGGUCGACGGGCUGAGGAUCACCUUCGACUUCACCUUACCCAUGAUCCUCCUCUACCCGUGCGAACAAGCUCAAUUCAAAAAGGUCAGCUCCUCCAGGCUCAUCCUGGCCAUGAACGAAGGCUCCCCCUGCUCCAGCCACGCCCAACGGGAGCGCAGCCCGAGUCCGCCGGGACACAACCCCCCCACCCCCCAGUCCACGGACAGCCAGCCGGCGCUGAGCGACAUCUCCGCCACCACGCCCACCGCCCCGGCCCCAACCCCAAAGCGGCGGCGCCACCCCGACAUGGACUGCAUCUCGUACCAGUCGCAGUCGCUCAGGCGCACCACCAGGAGCACGUCUGGGGGCGACCGGACGGCUGAAGGAAGCAGUGGAGGUGGAGGCAGCGCCACAGCGUCCCCGCAGCUCAAACGCCGCAUCAUCGACACGUCAUCGCAGCCCAAACUCUUCCUCAACCUUGAUAGAAAAACCCCAGUCCACAGCGGCUCAUCCUCCCCGUUGCCCUUGACGCCGAGCAAAGAGCGGAGCGGGCCGUUCCAUGGCCUGGAGAGCCGGAGAAACAAUGAGCUUAAUGAGGUUUUGAGCUGGAAGCUGACUCCUGAUAACUACCCUCUGAACGACCAGCCUCCUCCACCCUCCUACCUGUACGGAUCGCAGCACCUCUUGCGGCUUUUCGUGAAGCUUCCCGAGAUCCUGGGGAAAAUGCAGAUCCCUGAGAGGAACCUCCGAGCCCUGAUCAAACACCUCGAACUCUUCCUCAGGUUUCUGGCCGAGUUCCACGAGGAUUUUUUCCCCGAGUCUGCAUAUGUGUCGGCGUCGGAGGCCCACUACAGCAUGAAACAACCGAGGCCGGCUUACUGAAGGGGACGCGGGCGAUUGUGUCUCCGUCCCUUGCUUGUCUCCUCCCUCCCCCUAAACCCUUGGCCUUGUCUGGACUGACCUGUCCGGGCUUGUGUUUAGAUGAAUAAAUCGCAGCUUUCUCCGGCUCUGUUGUGUUUCCCCCGGACCGUCAUUCCUGCUUUUCCUUUCUAGUGGAACCCUUUGCUUCAUUCACCCCACUAACCCUCGCCCUCGCCCGCGCUUUUUGUUUGUGGUACCACCUUGCAUGUGUGCCGACCUUCUCGUUUAAGACUGAAAUCUUGGGACACUGCUAGUGCCUGCCCUCAUCGUGUUUUUUUUUUUUUUUUUAUUACCUGGCAUAUGUUUUUAAGACCAGGCUAAGGCUGGGAAGUUCUCUGGCCAAACUAAAAAUGGCUAUGAAGCAAGCGCAAUCUGUGCUUUUUGGCAGAAACCCCUUUUUUUUCACUCCUGCUCUGACUUUGCUGCACCUCAUAGCUGCAGUCGCGCAAUAUCGAGGCCUGUUCAUUGAAGGGAAAUGGACGUGGAUUUAAAAAAAAAAAGAAAAAAAAAAGAAAAAGCAGCUCUGCAUUUUGCAUGUCCAGUCACCUAAUUCUGGAUGCUAUUGCGUUGCAUUUUACGCCCGUUUGGAAGCUUGGCCCCAUCAAAGAAGUGACUUCCUGUAAGCGCUUCGGCUGCAGCGCUGCCGCUGACGAUCCGGACGCGAUCGCUCUAAAGCUACAGCAGGACCUGCUCUUCCUUUCCUGGAAGUGUUUUGAUGCUUUUGCCGAGCGAUUGUAACUAACUUUGCAAGAACUUUGUCCAGGGAUGCUGCUUUUCCUCUUGAUUAACCUCUACAAAUCGAUCGUUGGGAUGUGUUUUGUCCAUUCAGUGCCCAUGGAAGAUUCGGCUGCAACACAUCACCACACGUGUGUCUCUGUUUAUAAAUUUGUAUUUUGUUCAGAAGGUAGUUUUCAGUUUCAAGUAGUUAGUAAAUGAAAUAUUGUUUUAUGUUGAAAUAGACCAAUUCAUUGAGCACCAGGAAGAGAAAACACUCAUUUACUUGUGUAAUGAAUGCACAAACUCAACAUUUUGAAAAUGUAAAUAAAUGCAAAACAUCUGUUGAUCAGUAUGUUAUUUAUUUUUUCAUUGUCCCAUUGGAGAAAUCUGAUGCCAGCUUCAUUUUUAAUCACACGUGUUUUGCAUAACAUGUCAGAGCUUUCUGUUUUCAGCAUAACCUCUCUCCUUUUGCCCCUGUUCAUAGUUUAAAUAAAGUCCUUUUUCUAAA